AUGUAUCCUUUGAAUAGUAUCACUUAUAUCAUUAUUAAUUAUAGUUAACUAUGAUUUACAAUUUGAUAAAAAAUAAGUGGCCAUUCAAAAAGAUAUUAUUUUAUAAUUAUAUAAAUCAAAUCAUAAUUAUCUUUUUAAUUAAUAUAAUUAUUAAUUUUAUGAGAUCUUAGUCCAUAAAGAUGUAUUACGAUUUAAUUAACCUAGGAUUCUUUGGAAAAGCAGGAUGAAAAUAAUAGGGAUGGUCAAACAAAUAAAUCUGAAUUAUACUAAUUAACUGUGACUUAUGAAGAGAUUGAACUAGAAAACAAGAACAAAAAUAUUAAGUUGAUUCCAGAUGAUAAAGAUAAAUUCUUUGAGAUAAUAUUGAAAGAAUAAGUUAUAUAUAUUUCAUAUAAUUAGUAAAUGAGAUUGGAUAAAAACUAUCAAGACUUGUAUGGAUAGCUGAAUUACUCUGGAAACGUUGAGGAUAUUAUUCGUUCAGAAGUGUUUAAACAAUUUGGAUAUGAUGAUUGUCCUAUAAAUCAGAAAUUAUAUUAUGUUUUGACUCAAAAAUGUAGAAAUGACCCUGAAUUGAAGAAAUAAUGUAAUGCAAGGAUGCAGACUUAUUUUGAAACAAGAACCACCUGAAAUUCAAUUAUUCAAUUCAGAAAGUUAAAAGGUUUCUCUUAAAGCAUUAAUGUUACAGUGUCAUAAAGAGAAGAGACUUCUAGUUGUUUAUUCUGGAAGUAUCACAUGACCUCCAUAUCGUGAAGCUAUUGCUGAUUAUAUUGCAUUUGCAUAAAAAUACAAGGAUAUUUGCAAAUGCAUUAUUACAUAUGUAAAAGAGGCUCAUUUUGUGGAGAGAGAUGAGGAAGGCAAGUUUGUAGAUGGAUGGCCUAUUGGAUACUACGAAUACGAAUACCCAUAACAUAAAUCUCAAGAAGACAGAUAGAGGAUGACUAAGAGGUUAAAGGAACAAUUUCAUAUUCCUGAAGAUUUGGAGAUCUAUUAGGAUUAAUAUCCUGAAAAUAUAUUUGAUGAAUGUUUUGGAAUUUGGCCAUUCAAUAUGGUUGUUUUCAAGGAAUGUAAAUUUAUUUGGAGAGGAGUCUUAAAUUUAGAUGGCUUAAAAGAGAAAUAUCACUCUAACUAAUUGGAAAUCCAUUUAUAAAAUCUUAAAUAUUGA